AUGUCAAUGCUAGCACCCCCAUUUCAACUCUUAGAAAUCAACCUCAUAUCAGCACAAGACCUAUCACACGUUUCUAAAUCAAUCAAAGCCUACGCUGUUGCAUGGCUCAAUCCAGAACGUAAAUUAACCACCCAAAUUGAUCCUCACGGUCACAACAACCCUACCUGGAACGAAAAAUUCGUUUUCCGCAUCGAAGAAGAUUUUCUCCAAUCCGAUGAUUCCUCCGUCAUGAUCGAAAUCUACGCCUCCUCCUGGCUCCGCGAUAUUCUCAUCGGAACCGUCGGCGUUCAUCUCAACAAUCUCAUACCUCGUUCCAGUAACCGCAAAUCGAAGAUCCGUUUCGUCGCGUUACAGGUUCGUCGUCCUUCCGGUCGUCCUCAGGGGAUUCUCAACAUCGGCGUUAAUCUCGUCGACGCUACGUUGAGAAGCAUGCCGAUGUAUUCAGAGAUUAGCGGUUCCGCGGUUGAAUAUUACGAUAUAGCAAACCCUAAGAAACUGAAUCAAAAUGAAAACAAUAAUUAUGAUGCUAAGCUUUUGAUGACGCUUCAACGAUCGCAGAGCGAGAAAAACGAUUCCACGAUUAAUGAUUACACUUAUAACCCUAACGGAAAAAAUUACGGAGAUGAAUCUGAAUCUGAAAUCAGUAUUCCGAAUCCGGCUGGGAAGAAAGGCGUGAUCGUGAACGCGAAUGGAUCAUUAUGUUCUGACGUCGGACCUUCUCCGUCCGUCGUGGCAGCUGCAAUAGCAAAAGGACUGUAUCCAUUGCCAUUGCAGAUGCCACGAAAGACGAUGAAUUCGACUUCAAUGUUUGAAAAAUGGCCGCCGGAGAAAGAGAAUGUCGGGGAGCGGCUGAAUAUGAAGAUGGACCGGUGGAGAUCGAUAGAGUUGCCGCCGCCAAUGUAUGAUCAUUUGGGGAAGAAUAAUAAUAGCGGUGAACUGAAAAAGGCGGCGAAACCGCCGAAAGGGAAAGGUAAGAAUCAAAGAUCACGGCAGAAUGGGCCGUUUUCAUGCUUUGGGACAGCUUUAGGGUGUGAGAUUUCGAUAACUUGUGGCGGGGGUAACCGUAAGAAGACGUUUGGUGGUGGCAAUAACAAGCCUCGAGCUGUUAGUGCAUCUGAACUUACUUAUGAUGAAUCCUCUUAUAUGGGAUGA